UUCCAACUCUAGAGUUGAAUAUUGAAGGCUAAGAGCGAUGAGGUACCACCAUGUUCACGAAGAGGCUUAUCCUCCACCACCACCAGCAGUAUUUCCACCACCUUCUGAUGGGUACCCUCCUCCACCUCCACCACCUGGCUAUCAAGAUUAUUUGAAUGAGGGUUACCCUCCACCACCAACUCGACACAUUGACCACCAGCACUAUGAGUCCCGCCGUGGCAAUGCUUGUUCUUCAUUCUUAAGGGGCUGUUUAGCUGCCCUUUGCUGCUGUUGUGUUCUGGAGGAAUGUUGCUGGUGCUGCGUCUAGGCUGUUCAUUAUACUUUGUUAAGUACAUGUUACUGUCCAAGAACUUCCACUCAUGGUUCUCUAGCUAUGUGCUUAUAUAAUCCUUGUAUUGCAUUAAGAGAUCAAAGUAAGCUGAAUUGAACUGUUUGUAACUUAUCGUUUUAUAGGUUUGGUGUGGGCAACUAUGUUUCGAAAAUGUUUCUUCCUUAUUUUAAAUGUGUGAUAUAUAUUUAUUUCUAGGCUUGGUU